AUGGAUGCGUUCGAUGUCGAGAUCCGACAGCGCGAGGCAAAAUGGUGGCUCGAGCUGAAGCCCCAAGCUGCCACGGCCACGAUGGAGCUCGAGGCGACCCAAGAUCGACUCGAGAGCCUGUUGCGGCUGCGGGUGCGUCUGCUGGAAGACGGCCAGAGGCUGCCGUUGAUGCACCUGACCGCGACAUCGGAGCUGGAGGCAGCUUCUUCCGACCUCUCACCGGGCGACGGCAAUUCGCCGGACCCAACCUCCGACAGUUCAACAGUCGGCAAUGGAGUCCAAGCCGGGUCUGAAGUGUCAGGAGUACGUGAGAUGCACUCAACUUCAAGCGAGUCUGCAGAUUCGCCAGCGCACGUGACCGGCUUGCGUGGCUCGUGGCGCGCAGAGGAGCCAAUGCUCCUGGACCCCUUGACAUGCAGCGAGGCAGAUCCUUCGGUGAAGGGUGCCACGAGGCCUGACCUUCCCAACGUCCCCGCGUACGUAAGCAUUGCAGACCUAAGCAUCGGCUCGAGGGAACACGGGGUGAGCUGCCGGCCCUGCAGUUUCUUUCAUAGCCCCGGUGGCUGCUCCAGAGGCAAGAGCUGCAGGUUUUGCCACCUUUGCUCAGCCGGCAUCGCCAAGAAGCGCCGGGUCAAGCUGCGAAUCGGGGUCAAGAGCGCAGCGCAGCUGGAGGAGCAGAUUCGCGAGCAGCAGGAGGUCGCGUACGACCUCGGCCUGCAGGUGGCCGCAGCACGUCAGCGGCUGCUCAUGGCUGAUCAGGAGGCAAAAGAAGUGCAGGGCCUGGCUCUGGCUGCUGAAAAGGAGUACCAGGACGAGAUGCACGAUGCGGCGAUGAGGGACUUCCGCCGCACGCAAGCGAAGGCGCUGGCGCAAGAUGCCGCGCACAUCCGCGAGACGGCCUCUAGGUUGAUUGCCUGGUCGCUAGCCGCCAUGGUCUUUGUCGACACAGCCUUCAGCAUUAUUGGAAUUUAG